CCUCACCUCUGCGGGGUGGGGGGCGGCCAGCCCGCCCCUUUAUUUUACGUAAGUGUAGCUCAAGCCGAUGUUUCUUCCGCCCCCCACCCCACUACCGGCCGUGUCCUGGCCCUGCUCCCGGGUAGUUACACUGGGCGACCGCCGCGCCCCGCAGCCUGCUGGGCCGCGUAGUCUCGCGCGCCGCCGGUUGUGGGAGGGAAGGCGGGGGUGGUGGUCGCCUCUCCCCGCCUCCUCUCGUAGCGAGUGACAGCCGUCCUACCCAAUCCCGCCUCCGCUUCUGUGCCGAUCGGUGGCAGCUGUGGCCAAUCACCAGCUCAGAUGGGGGCCUGUCUGGAUGUCGGGGCGGUGCCGGAGGGCGCCCAGGUGGGAGCGCGGCGGAAGUAACGAAGGCUGUUUGUUGAGGACAACAUACACCAGGUUGGGAGAGGAACCCAAAAACCCAAGUUGUGAUUUUUAGUGAAGUCAUAUAUAAGAUCACUAUGAAGGCCUUGUAUUGUCAGCAGAAUUCACCUGGAGAGGAGAUGACAUUUGUCUUCCGGGAAAGAGAAAACCUUCCUCCUACGAGAGACAACGAUGUAAAAGUACAAGUUAGAGCCUGUGCACUGAGCUGGAUAGAUACAAAGCUUCUGUCAGAAAUUAAACUGGAGAAGGAGCUUCUACCUGUUGGUCGAGAAAUUUCUGGAGUUGUAUUGGAAGUUGGAAGAAAGGUGACCUUUUUUCAGCCAGAUGAUGAAGUAGUGGGAAUUUUGCCCCUGGAUUCUGAAGAGUCUGGUCUUUGUGAAGUUAUUCUAGUUCAUGAGCAUUACUUGGUUCGUAAACCAGAAAAAGUUUGUUGGGUUGAAGCAGCCGGGGCUGUUCGUGAUGGUGUCCGAGCAUACACAGCUUUACACUACCUUUCCCAAGUCUCUCCUGGAAAAACUGUCCUUGUAAUGGAUGGAGCAAGUCCAUUUGGUACAAUAGCUAUUCAGUUAGCACAACAUAGAGGAGCAAAAGUAAUCUCUACUGCAUACAGUCUUGAAGAUAAGCAGUACCUGGAGAGGCUUCGGCCUCCUGUGGAAGGUUUACGGCAGCCUUUGGUGGCUCGAGUGAUAGAUGUAUCAAAUGGAAAGAUAGAUGUGGCAGAAAGCUGCUUGGAGGAAACGGGUGGCCUGGGAGUGGAUAUUGUUCUAGAUGCUGGAGUGAAAUUAUAUAGUGCUGAAGAUGAAUCAACCUCAAAAUCACAGUUGCUGCCUCAUAAGCAUGAUAUCAUUGCUCUUCUUGGUGUUGGGGGACACUGGAUAACAACAGAAAAAAAUCUUCAGCUGGAUCCUCCAGAUAGCCAUUCCUUGUUUCUUAAAGGAGCCACCAUCUCCUUUCUGAAUGAAGAGAUAUGGAACUUGUCCAAUAUACAGCAAGGGAAGUAUCUCUCCAUCUUAGAAGAUAUAAUGGAGAAAUUAUCAAGUAGUGUUUUCAGGCCUCAGCUGGAUGAACCGAUCCCAUUGUAUGAAGCCAAAGUUUCUAUGGAAAUAGUUCAGAAGAAUCAAGCAAGAAAAAGACAAGUCAUCCAGUUCUGACAUGCAAUUUCCUGAUUUCUAAGCCUGUGGAAGAUAAAGAAACGUAAUGUAUUUGAAAAGUAAAUUAGUGUACACUUUAAAAUAAUUCUGUAACUGGAAUUUAAAGAUCUUUUGUACCUCAGCACAAAUGGUCUGCGAAGAUCCUGUGACUUCAGGGGUUUUCUUGGUCCAGUUGAGCAGAAUGUUCCCAUCAGCAACUUCUAAAGAGGCAGUCUUGACACACAAAUCUUGUCUGCCCUGUCCCAAUUACAAAUACCAGUAACGUCUACAGGCAAACUCAGUUGCCAUUGGUUUUCAACCAUAAGAAAUUAAAGGAUAAAAAAAUCUGGUGGUUUUUAUUAGUUCUCCCUUCUCCGUCCCCUACCAAUAGUCACCUUUUGCUUUUGACUGCAUUGAGACUGAGCACUCUCUGUGGUACAUAUAAGUCUUUAAUCCACAUUUAAAAUUGUCAUUUAAUUGAAAGACAGGCAAACCCCUCACAGUUGGCAAGGAUGCUGGAAGGGAAGGAUAUGACACUGACAGUAAGAGUUCCCCCCUACAGCUGAUUUUCUUCAUUUUAGCAACCAGGCAGUAAACCUAGUAAAUCUAGAGUCCAUAAGCUGAUUGUGUCAUUCAGAUGUUAGAGACACUUUAUGGAUCUUGUUACUGUAAUGUUAUCUUUGAAAUCUUUCCAGUAAGACCUUCCUAUGCUGUGCACUUUCACUUCCCCUCUUUUAAAAGCAAGCCUGUGCCUAGCACAGCUCAAAUCUGUUUAUCCAGCAUCCUCCAUUGCUGUGAACCAUCUGCAAAUCAGCAGUAGGGAAAGAACUGCUGGUUUUCUUUCUUCAAAGCAUAUGGCUUCCUACUUGCUUUUAUUUGACAGCAAAAAUAUUUUUUUCUGUUCAAGUGUGCUAUUCGUUUUCACUGUGUGAAUGGCGCAAACAGUGGACGCUAGCACUAUAAACCAGUGUAAGAAGUUGGAAUAUUGAGUGAGAAUAGAUUAUUUAGAAGUGUGAUUAGUCUAUCUUCUGUCAUUCACCGGACUUGUAGUAAGUUUUUGAUAAAUGACCCAAGGGAAGCACAUAAAGCAUGAGUAAAUCUUAUUUUACUAGUAAUGUGAUGUAAUGCAGCCUUGAAAAUAAGUGAUGCUUUUAUGUACGUGUGUACACACACACAUCUAACACAUGUGAAUCCUCUGUUAGGUUGACAUUUAUUCUGAAUCAUUGUGCCCAACUGCUCAUUUUUUCCUGGUGGUGUUCAUUAUAGCUUAAAUGUUGCAAAAUAAAGUAGACCUGAGGAAACAAAAUGAGAGUUAAAAAAGAAGGUUUAACAAAACAGGAACAACCACUGACAAAACUGCAGAAGAUUUUUAUAGUAUAGGUUUUAUUUGACUAGCUCUUUUGUCAGUAGAUAUGUUGCUCCUAACUACAUAAAUAAAUGCCUUUUGAACCCCACGUGCAAGAGGCUAAGGCCAGCUAUUGCCAAAGUGGCCUUAGUCUUUCAGCUGGAUCAGGUUAUGAAGCAAAUGUCUCUCUGUACUGUGAGUGUUAUGCUGCCUAUUGGUGCAUUUAGUUGGCUGAGAUGCCUCAGCAUUUUCUAAUGCUCUUUAAUAAUGCUAGGUUUAGAUUUACAUGUGCUUGAACAAGAGCAUUCGUGAGGCUCCCUAAGCAAUUGCCUCCUCUCUUGCACAUCCCCUGACAAACGAAAGCAGACAGUAGUUUUGAGUGCGAGAGCAAGGCUGUCUGGCUCUGGAGAAAAAGGCUGCCAGGUGCCUGCCUGUUCCUUUGUAGUUUUGACAAGAAAGUUGCGUACACUUCACUGCUACCUGUAUGCCAAUCUGAUGGCCCCAUGGAGGCUGCCUGUGGUCUCCUGUUGUGCCACUAACCCUGAGAGGCAUGCCAGGAGCACUGCCAGCUCAGGCUCUUGCCUGGGUUUUGCCGAGGAUGCUUCUGCUCUGGUGAGCUCAAGCCCCACGCGGCCAGAUGAAGUGUGGAUGACACUUAGAUUGCUUUUAAGCACAGCCGCAUGUCUUCAAAAACAGCUUUGUGUCUGGAUUAGUUUUAUAAUCCAUCGUUUUAUUUAAUGGCCCGCAGAGCUGUAUUCAGGAAAGGAUCAGCUGACUAGCAUGGGCUGAGAACUGCUGCCCAUUUUUUGGCAGCAAGGGGAUGAUUGGUGCAGAAAGGUACCCUAGUCCCAAGCAAAACACUCCAGCAUAGGCUCUAGCCAGUGCUGCAAAUUGCCAUCAAAACUAGUUUCUACCCCAAAUAUGCACAGUGUGUGUUUAGUCUCACAUUUCACACAACUGUAACCGCAUUC